UAUAAGAAACAACUAGCGAUGAAUCUCAAUAUUCUCAUCAAAUGUCUUUUUUUUGGAGGCAACGAAACAUUCUUUACACUGGAGGAGGGAAGAAGAAAAAAGACAGUGGAUCGGUAACACGCAAGAGGAAAUCAUCAAAAAAGAAGCAGCAACGGAAGGAAGGCCUCAAACACUUGGAAGUAGAGAUGGUAAAGAAAGAGAUCAGUAAAGAACCAGCUGAAAGUUCAAAUGCUCCUCGGAAAAAGAGCAACAGCUCAUGGCUUGAGUUUAGGGCAGAAGUAGGAAAGCUUGAAGAGGAAGUGGCAGUGAGAAGGGCAGAGACAAGUCUCAUGAGACAGCAGCUAAUGGAAGCAGAAACCAACCUCGAAGCUAGCCGAGGAACAGUAACUGAACUAAGGAUGAUCAAAGACCAGCUUCUCCUGGAGAAUUUACGUGACCAGAGUCUUGUUAAUGAUUUGACACGCCUUUUUCUUGAUUGAAAUUCUGCCGUUGAGAAAGCAGAACAAAAAACAAAAUCGAUGAUCUUAAUGUUUAUUUUUAUGUUUUGUAAGGCAGUGCAAGGUUUUUUGC